AUGCUUAUUGACAUCAAGGCCACCUUGUUGAGGCAGAAUGAAGAUGCCAGGAAGAUAGAGCUCACCCAAUUGAAAGAGCUGCUAGAUUCUAAGGACUUCAAGAUGUUGAAACUGCAACAGGACUUCGUCAGGAAGCAUCACAAUGUGUUCAAAAUCCCCGUGGCAAUGCUUGAAGAUGUGGAACUUAAAGCACAACUGUCAAAAAUGGUCAGUGACCUGCUUUCAUCCAUCCAUGGCAACAUAAAGGCCAAGAAUAGGUUCGCAUUUUUGCGGCACUGCUUGCACAUUUUCCUUAUCCGUGUGGACAACUACAAGACUGUACCCCUCAAAGUUCUUUUUUCCAACUCACUCAUUCCAUCACUUCAUGAUGACCUUCGCAUCAAAAUCAACGAGAAACUCGGCAUUGACAUGGAUGCUAUUGAAUGCAGGAUACAUGGCAAUGUUGAUCAAGACCUCAAACCCAAUACUCCCACUGAUUCUGAAAGUUUCUUAGAUGAAGACCAUCUGAUGCAAGACACGGAGAAUACUGACAAUGGCAGCCAGCAAGAGAAUGAGGGCGAGAAUAUCAGGGGCGAAGGAGCAGAGGAUGAGGACCAAGGCGAAGGAGAUCUGCCAGUUGAUGAGGAAAAUUCAGGAUCUGAAAGCAAAGGACGCCCUGCUGUUUACUCUUUGUCUAAGUUCUGGAAGUUUGUAGAUGACUCCCUCAAUGGCAUUCACAAGCUAGCAAGGGCCUGGGUCAGUGAGCAGGAGGGGAUGGGUGGUUCUCUGACAUAUGAACAUGCUUUUCAUGAUAUCCUUGUGGAAUACUUUCAAUUGGACCUUGCUGAAUUUCCUGGAAGAAGAACCAUUCUGAAGCUCCUCACUACCACUAGCCCCCAGUGGCAGACUACCAUCCAGAACCAGCUCUUAUGUAACAACAUGACUGCAGGUGCUCUAAACAUACGAAGCGUGAUAUCUGGGCAAGGUGUCAAUUGA